CACUUCUUCCUGCAGAAAGGCGGAUCCCCUCUCGGCUACUUUGCCUCCCCGAACUUAUUUUCAGCCUAUUUUUACCAGUCACACUUUAGCGGGUUAACCCAAAUCCGAAAAAAAUAGCUGUCUUUGUAUUAAAGAGACAUUUUAUUCAGUCGGGUUCUCCGGCCGGACUCACCGCGGUGACAGGAAGAGUUGUCCGGCUACAGCUAGCUAACUUUUAUCGCACUUCACUGCCCUGCAGCACAACAGGGAAGCAGCGACACCGGAGCAAACACAGGAAGAUGGGAGAUAACGUAACCGAUCUCGAUAAAGAAUUGACGUGGGCAAUUACUUGCGGGGACCUGGAUGAGGUGAUAUCCAGAGUGGCAUCGGCUGAAGAUGUAAACCGCAUCCUGAAAGCUGGGAGGAUGCCUCUGCACAUUGCUGCAGACUUUGGGCAGACAGAUAUUGCGGAGUACCUAAUUUCCAAGGGCGCAGAUAUUAAUGCUCCAGACAGACACGGCUACACUCCACUGAUGACUGCCUGUUUCGAGGGUAACGCUCCCUGUGUCAAGCUUCUGCUAGAAAAGGGAGCUGACAAAAACCUAAAAGGACCGGACGGCCUCACUGCCAUUGAUGCCACAGAGAAGGAUGAAAUAAAGGCUUUGCUCAAGUGAGACACCACAGUGUGGGAGGUGACUGGACAGGUGGGUGAGCGGGCAGACAGAUGGAUGCAGUGGUCCCCUGACAGAAGACGGACUUGCCCCUUUUACUCCGAUCAACCUCUGUCUCAACACUGCUUUUGUCUGUUUGUUGGAGGGUCAUUUUGUCUGUCUGGUGAUUUUCCCUUCCCUUCUUUUUUUUUUUUUUUCUUCUCCCCAAGUUUUUGGGAUAGGAUUUCUCUAAUUUUGGCCUCUGUUUGUAGCCAUUUAACAGAAGGACUUGUCAAUUAUGUCUCCCUUAGGGACCAAACACUGGGGGAG